UGUUGUUUGUUGUUGAUCCCAGUUAGUUGUGUAGUAUUAGAAAAGACGUUUGACACACUCGUGUCGGUACUCGUUGAUACGACGUCAAAGAUGGAGGCCCGUUUUGCCUUCCUGCACCAGCGCGACACCAGCGUGUCCAUGAUGAGGGUGAAGAACGCGCGCCGGCGCUCCCAGUCCCAGAAGCAGAACCGUGAGCGGGUCCACAACCUGCGCCGACACCUGGACAACCUUCCGGAACAGGAUAGCAUCACGUUGGACGCAUCCACCCUGGAGAAGACUGUUCCACUCGCUGAGGUGAAACCAAGUAAAGUGAAUACCAGAGCUGCAAAAGCAGAGGAAAGGUCGAAGAUGCUGGCUCGGUACAAGGAGGCCAAGGACCUCCAGAAGGAGAAGGAGCGCCGGGAACGGGAGAAGAAGGGCGUCUUCAAGGUCGGCCUCUACCAGCCCCAUCAACCUCUGCAGGCCUUGCCCCCAGCGCCCACUAAAGCCAAGGUGAGUCGGGAGGCAGUCCAGCCUGCACGCGUCACUCGCUCCAUGAGGCAGCCCGCUCCUACUCCUCAACCUCUCAAACAGAAGACCGCAGCCCUGAACUCUGCACCUAAAAAAGAAGUAGCAGAUAAAAGGCCGCUGAACACCAGAGGACAGGGAAGAAAUACUGCAGCCUCUCUUGUGUCUGUUACAAAGCCAAAGCCUCCAAUAGCUGAACCAGUUACAAGACCAGCCAGAUCCACAAGAGCAACAGCAGCGGCCACCAAAGCAGAGCCUAAAGCAAGAUCUACAACCAGACAGCAGAAGGUGUCAUCUACAGCUCCGGUGAAGGCAUCGAAAGAAAACAAAAAAGAAAUGAUCCAGAAGAGAGAACAAAAGGAAGUGACAAUGGCUCCUGUGGAAAUCCCUCCUCCACAGCCCGAGCCAAUCAUGGCCGCUGCCGAGAAGGAGAAUGAGAAGGAGAGCCAGGAGGAGGCUGUGGUCCAGGCCGAGACCGUGGUGCCUCCCACUCCCUCCUCCUUUGCUCCAAUCGGAUUUGUGUUCCAGGCCCCCGCCGGCCUCCUGGCACUCCAGUCUGUUGUGAUGCCCCCUUCUUCAGACAGCGCUCUACCUGCCCCCAGUUUGGAGCCAGAGCCAGAGCCCAUGCUCGAGGAGUCCCCGCCAUCACCUGUUUUACCAUCCACCCCUCCUCGCACUGUUCCCUUCUCUCCUCCUCCUCCUCCUCCUCCUUCUGUUCCCUCCACUCCACCUCCUGCCGUUCCCUCCACCCCUCCUCCCAGUAUCCCCGCUCCAUCCUCUCCCACACCAGUAGCACCAGCAACGCCAGCAGCCACCUCCUGCCCACCAGCACCACAAGCCUUCUCCCCACCUCCUCCUCCUGCCUCCCCAUCACCUCCUCCAGCAUCCGUCUCCUCCCCAACACCUCCAUCGGUGUCCUCCUCCAUCACCUCCCCACCUCCCGCUCCAUCCGCUGCUCCUGCUGACCAAGAGGGAGCCUGUGAAGCUGCAGUGGUGCCCUCGAGCCAGCAGGAGGGGGAGCACGAUGUCCCAUAUUUCAGAGCGAUCCUGGUGAGUGAAACGGAGCGACUGUCUGCAUAUGCCACACAGUGGGAACCGUACUUUGAUGACGCCUCCAUCCCUGAAGAAAUGAGGGACCGUAUGCGUACGGCGGUGGGCCAGGCUCGGCUCCUGAUGAAGGAGCGCUUCGGCCAGUUCCGCGGCCUGGUGGACGACUGCGAGUUCAAGCGCGGGGAGAAGGAGACCACCUGCACUGACCUGCAGGGAUUCUGGGAGAUGAUCUACUUCCAGGUGGAGGAUGUGGACAGGAAGUUUGUUGCCCUGAAGGAGGCCCAGGGUAGAGGAUGGACAGAGGAAGUCAAACAGGCACCGCGACCCAGGAAGAUUGUUAAGAAACCACCGGGGACCGCAGCAGCUAGCAGACCCGGAGGUGCCAGUAACGCGGCAGCCAAGAGUCGCCUGGCCGCCAUCAAGGCUGCCAUGAAGGCCAAGCAGCAGCAGGCAGAGGCAGAGAAGGCAGAGGCAGAGAAGGCUGCACAGGCAGCAGCUACAGCUACAGCAGCAGCUGCAGAGGCAGAGGAGGCAGCCAGUACUGGGAUGGGAACCCCUGCACUGGAUAGUGUUACUGCCACUGGCUCUGCCACAGCCACCCCAUCCAAACCUCUUCCCCAGGCCGCAGAUACCAUCACGUUUAAUGGAGGAUUCUUCCAGGUGCAGAGCCCUGCCAAGCCAGCAGUAGCUUCCACAAGCCGGGUAUCAUCUCGGCUGAGCAGAGUCCACGCGGCCUCUCCGUGUCCUGCCUCCUCCUCGGCGGCCUCCUCUCCCCUCCCCACCCCCAGCAGAGCCAGACGCUCCUUCGCUCCUCUCCAGCCCUCCCCUCUGGUCCGCCGCACCCCAGCACGCCUGACCCCCGCCAUCUCCGUUUCCCCUGCCUGCACCCCCCAGCGCGUCACCUGCACCCCAUCUGCUACGCCCACGCGGGACAAUCCCACCAAUCUGAGCUCGUCGCCAGAGCGGGUGUGUCCUGCCAGCCCGUCGUUGCAGCUCAACCUCGAGUCGGCCGAGGACCAAUCGCAUUGCUCGUCUGAAGCAGCUCCCGCCCUCAGUGUGUGUCCACAGGCGACUGGGGACCAAUCGCCGCGCCCGCUUGAAUCGGCUCCUUCCCUCAGUCUGAGCGAGACCCCACGUGCACCCCCUUCAGACCUGCUGUCCACUCUGUCUACAGAGCAGUGUCUCCCUGGAGAAGACUCCCAUGUGAGCCCUGCUGCAGCUGUGAGAAUCCAAGAUACAGAUGUUGAAAUGGCAGCAACACCAGAGACGCCAUGCACAGAGGACAUGCCGGGUCUGGACUUUGAGCGCUACCUCCAGCAGACGGCGGCCGCCGCGUCUCCUAACGACACGGGCGCCUCCCUCCAGGCCUUCUCCCCCAUGCUGCUGGACGCGGAGAUGGAGAGCCCAGAACCCCAGCGGGACCAGCUCACGCACACACCAACCGCCUUGCCCAGGAUGUCCCCCCUCUUCACGCCCCAGAUGGGACAGGCAGCUGAGUCCAACCUUUUACUGUUCACUCCCGAGUUGAAGAACCGCGUGCGACAGUCUGUGUGUGCUCAUGACCUCAUGUCUUUCACUCCACCCCAGUAAAAAAGAAUGAAAGGAGAGAGAAGAAAUGAAUGAAUGAAAGAAAGAAAGAAAAAAGUUUUAAAUGUUGUGCGUUUUUUAUAUCUUGGCUAUAUUUGAUUUGCGUAAUAAAAUCGAUGACUAAAAAAAUGAA